AAAACGAAAAGAAAAAAAGAAAAAAAAAACUUGCUAGAUAGCCUGCGUGGUACACACGAGCAUAUGCAGUUAGGCUAUGUUUAAGAGAAAAUGAAACUGAAAGAAAAAAGGUCUUCCUUCAUUAAUGAAAAUGGCUUCGAACUAUCAAGAGGAUUCAGAUGAAGGCAGCAACCUACAGUCUAGUGAAAGUUGCGCAGAAUACAGUGACAGUGACACAGAUUCUGAGGCAGCCAGCGAUUCUGAGUCUGGCUCUGGAUCUGACAAUGAAGAAGAUCCACAAACAUCUAGCAAGCGGAGGGUCUGUAAGUAUUACAAUCGCAGUCACUGCCGUUAUGGAGACAAGUGCAGGAAUGAGCACAUCUGCAGUGACUUCCUGAAGGAUUCGUGCAGGUUUGGUGCCGGGUGUCGUCUCAACCACAACGUUCAGAGUUCAUCAGCAAGACAAGGCAGAAGAAGAAGCAAGCCCUCAUCUGCAGAAACAGAGAUUGAUGAAGAAUUUGAUGGGCCCUACAAAUGGCAGUUGAAUAUUGGAAAGGGCUGGAAGAACAUUUCCAAUGAUCACAUUCUAGAAGCCCAGUAUUCACUCCCCAACACCAAAGGAAUCAAGAUCUUUAACACCCAAGCUGGGGUUAUUUCUAUUGAUUUCACUAAAAUGAGAGUUCUUAAGAAAACAAAUAUUAAAGUGCGGCGCAUGAGCGCAAAAGAUACAGAAUGGCUGUGGUAUUACAGAGGUGACCACUGCUGGUAUCAGUAUGGAGAGAAGGGCAAAGCCAGCCCAAUUCAAAGCUCAGAACUGGAGAAGGAGUAUCAGAAGAACCGCCGUGGCUCAGUAAACUUCACCGUCGACUCUACCCAGUAUGAGAUUGGCUUUAAAGAAAUGCGUCAGAGUAAUCUAUCUACAGGCCGUAAGAGGCGGGUUAGACGCCGCCCUAAAUAUGAACCGCCUCAAAACGCUGGAUUACGUGGAAUAACCUCCCAGUUAAAAAACAUGUUCAGCCCUUCAUCAAAUAAAGCUCCAGAGUGGCAGUUUAAAGGGAAAAGUCAGUGGUACACCUUCCACAAACCGGGUGGUUGUUCAGUCUCAAGUGCUGACAUUGAGAGUUGUUUCCAACAAAACCAAACAAAGAUGAAUUUCACUGUGAACGGCGAUAGUUACACUCUGGAUUUUGCAAAGAUGAGUCAAGUUAACCAGAAAACAAAGGCUGAACGCAAGAUCAGGCGCGUGUAGAAGCAGAAGGU